AUGGAUGUGUCACUGCCAGAAGAAGCAGGUGCUUCUACUGUUCCACUUGCUGCGUCGUCUCCCGUUGAUCACAGCAUAAAACAUGAUUCUCCAUUGUCCGAGGAUGAUGACCCUUCUUUUCAGGAUCUCCUUAGAGGGAGAGAGGAAAGCUCGUCUACGGCCAUUGAUGCGGUAGAUGGGCUAAUGUACAGCAUUCAAUCGGUGCUCGAUAAGUUCGGUCGAGAUGAAUGCGAUGACUCUCUCAAUUUUCUUCUUAGAUCUCUACAGCCAAUGGAUGGUACAAGGGCAGAUCUCGCGUCUUACGAGUUAAAGAUUCGUACCGUACUUUCUUCUUGCUCCAACUUAAUACAAAAGGAUGUAGGUCACGGACUUGGCAAAGAGAACGUGCUUUCUACUCAACUCACAAGACUGUUGGCUACUUUGAGUAGAGAGCGGUUGUGGGCAGCUGCUCUCACCGAAUCAGGGGUCCUUGACGCCUUUUUGAACACAAUGGACCAGGAAAACAGCCAUGAAGAAGCAUGGAUAGACCCAGCACUGCGAUUAGUCGCAAAUUGCUGUGCACGGAGUGCCCAAACCAGGCUUCGAAUACUAUCAAAAGCACCGUUCAAGAUAUUGGUCGCUCGUCUGCAGGAUCCUAACCAGGCUGACAUAGCUCUGCUUGCGCUAUAUUCAAUUCAUCUCAUGACCUAUUUCUUGAACACUUAUGACCUCGAGAUAUCUUCAGCCUCUUCUUUACAGCCCCAAGAUAUGAAUUGCUUAAGAUAUCCGGAGGACGAGGAAAACAUGUUAGCAGAAUGCCGCGUCGAGAUCGUAAAGGUGUUUGGUGCUCUUGGACUAGUCUGUCAAGAUUUCUCAUGCGUUGAAGAAGACGUCGUGGGCAUAGUCAGAUGGCUGGGCUUUCCUGCAGAUCAGAUAAGAAUUUGCUCCUGUAUCUUUCUCGGAAAUCUUGUGUAUUCCUGUGAAAUCGCCAGGAGCGAUCUUUUGCACAACAAAGGCUUUGCAUCAGCCUUGAGCCAAUGUAUACGGACAAGCUCCCGACCCGACGUUCUCAAUUCUGCCUUGGAUCUUCUGCAAAACAUCGCGAUCGAUCUUGAGAGCCGUAAAAUGCUAGGUCAAGCGGGCAUAUUCGAUGCCCUAGCAGCUUGCUGGGACCGUACAGGGAAAGACAUGAAAUCUAAGAUUGCGGCAUUGUACCAUACAAGACAACUGAUCUGCGGCUGUUUGGAGAACGUGUGCAUCGUCCUGAAGAGUCAGGCAUUGCCGGGAGAGACUCGUCACCAAGACACUAUGUUUAUCUCGAAGCUGCUCCAUUUUCAUUCCACAGCAGAAGAUCGAAGUUCCAUCACAGAAGUGGGACGGAUCAUUGUCGAAAUAUGGCGGACUUGCAACAAGCAUCAAGAUCUACUCACAUAUAUGAAUCAACCACUGGAGUCCUUGCAAGCAAAAGAACAUCCAAUUAAUCCUCAAGAUGGGAGGAAUCUCCCGCUCAACGUUGCAUUUCUAAUAAGAAAGACUACAAGCCUUCCUGGAAUCCUGGACCCCCUCUUUACGCUCGUCCGGUCGGAAAAUGAGUCCCUGGUAACAGAAGGUUGGCUCGCCCUCGCUCUGAUGGCAUCGUCGCCCGAGGGAGCAACGAUUGUAUACAACGGUCUGUUUAUGGUAGAUGACGAGAUUUCAAUGUUGAGAGCAGUGUUGGACAAACAAGAUGGCCCUCAGAACGGAGCUCGCAGCAAUGCCCUCUACUUGGCUGCUCAGCUCCAGAAGCAAGUCUCAGGAGAUCCCCAACGAAAGUCCACAGUGGACAAUCUACUUGCAGGCGCAGCUUUUAGUUGA